AUGUAUUCAAAACCUGCAUUCGAUGUAUUGAUUAAAGAACUUGAGAAAUUUGGCGAAGCCAGUUUUAAAAGACGUUCAGUCGGUCUUGUUGAAAAGGAGAAAGCACUUUUGGCAUACAAAAAAAUGCAACUAAAGAAUGCAGGAAAGAGGGUUACACCGGAUCAGGAAAGAACUCUUUGGAAGGCGGUGAGAUCCAAAUUUACAGCUCAGGUUCCAAAGCCUAACAUAAGUAUGCUACAAUUUCUAAAUAAAAAUGAGCUAACGACCAUGGAAAAGAAUCAUCUAGAAGAUCUCACUCUCUAUUUGAAAUCACAGCGCGUCUACGAGGAGCUUUUAGAGAGAUAUAAUCCUGGUAUUAGUAUGAAGCAGAAAGAUAAAGUGGAAAAAACUGCUCAUCAUGUCGGGCUAGAUGUUCCAAAGUGA